AUGAAGCUCGCGACAUGGUCCAGAACCGCGCCUUACGUCGUCCUCGCGGCGUCCGCCGUGCUCUUCGCCGCCGCCGUCACCAUCCGCUUCACCAAUCCAGACUUGGCGAGCUGCACGCCAGCAGACAUGGGCGAUGAGCAGAAGGUCAGUGGCGCGCAAGGCAGCGACGAGGCAUCGCGGUUCCUGAUCAGCAACUUCGGGCUGCCCGGGCCCGUACCAUGGGAGUGGAUCCGCAAGAGCGUGCAGGAUCAGUUCACUCUGGACGGCCGCGUGCAGGUGAAGAGCUGGUUCAUGGAUGCGGACGCACAUGAUUCGGGGGCGAAGCCAUUUGUGUGGUCUAACGAUGGCAUCGACCAACAGGCCGCCAUGGCCCGCCGGCGCGACACGGGCUUCGGGUCGUAUGGGCCGAACGUGACGGGGUCGUUCUACUCGGCGUUUGAGAAGUACCCAGCCAUCACGACGGUGGACUUCAACCGCCCCGUGGCGUCACACCCUCGGCUGCGGCAGCUGGUGGUGGGCGAGCUGGAGGGCAGCAGCGAGACGUGGGACGUCGCCGUCUCCUUCUCCUCGCUCGAACAUGACGGGCUCGGCCGCUACGGCGACCCCAUCAACCCCAACGGCGACCUCGAACGCAUGAAAAAGGUGGGCGAGGGCAGCACAAGGUGGGUUGGGGCGGCACGAGGUGGGCUGGAGCAACACGAGGUGGCCGCAUCGAUCAAGGGGCUGCUGAAGCCAGGAGGGCUGCUGUUCCUGGGCGUGCCCACGGGCAACGACACGCUGGUCUUCAACGCCCACCGCAUAUACGGGCCCAUCCGAAUGCCGCUGCUCACCGCAGGCUGGCGCCUGCUUGACGUCUUUGGGGUCGACAGCCUGAAAAAGCUGUACCGAAUUGAUUUCGAAGGGAUUGACGUUGUUCAGCCGCUCCUUGUGCUCCGUCGUGAUUAG